AUGGAUCAUGAGCGGAUGCAGUUCUGGGAAGGCAGUACAAAGUUGAAAAAAGCUGUUGAUGACUUGGAAAGACUGGACGAUACUCGUCAAAAGGUGAGUUUUGCCAACUAUGAUAUCGUCAUGUCAAACAAUUUGUAGUUUCCUCGGAAGAUUCCGGAAACUACUCCGAUUCUAGGUUAAAGAAUAAACUUCAGGUAGAAGCUCCAAGUACAGAGUUGGAUGAUGUCAUUUACGAAUUUCAACAUCUGGCUGAAGUUGAUAAUUUCAAUCGAGUCGGCGCCGACGUGAGCUUUUAUUUUCUGUUUUACCAAGUUGGAAAAGUUUUUUUUAUCGAAGUUUAUGGAAACUUUUGGCGUAGAAAAUUUUUUCAAAUAUACCUAUAAGGUUGACCGGUUAAAAUUGAGAAUUAGCGUUGUUAUUUUGUUUUACUAUGAAUUAUUAUGACAAUGGAAUGAUCCAAAUUGUAUUUUCAAUUGCAUAGGUGACUUGUCACUCUGUCUUUGCGGAGAAUAGCUUUCAAAAAAACAUAUUAGGAAUUUAAAUAAAAAUUUUUUUCAGAUCGUUCAAACCUUUUUUGCCGCAUCUUUUGAAUUGCAAAAUCGUUAGGGGAGAUAUUUAGUUUUUAUAUAUUGAGAUUUCACAAAAAGAAGUUGAUUUCACUAGCGAGUUUUUUUUUUGCAGCUGAUCUGGAAUGUUUAGGUUGUCCCCAAGUUCGCGUCUAAAGAGAAAAUUGUAUGCGAAAUGGUUUUACAGCCGCAUCACUUGAACUCGAAGGUGAUUCUUUCUAAGCAUCUUCUCAAUGGUCGGUAUGGAGCAUCAAAGUCAGUUUUUUUCAAGGGGACUUUGCACGGAGGACAAACGGCUACGUUGACCGACAUCAUUACGGCGCGAGCUGUCGGUGUGUCGGUCAAGGACCAGGGAAUGGCUUCCGUCGAACUGGCAGUCAGGUGCGCUCCAACCUUCUCAACCGAUACUUUUCUCUUGCAGUUAUAUGCUUCCUGUCAAAGCCGGCGAUACUCUGCAAAUCACGGCUACCGUACUCAAAAUUGGAAGGAACAUAGCGUUUACCGAGUGCGAGUUUCGUAGAAAGUCGGAUGGAAAGCUCGCCGCAAAGGUAAGAAUUCAAUUGAAUGGAGCAUUUUUGGCUUUUUAGGGGAAACACACGUUGGCUUUUCUACCGGGACAGCCGGCAGUUUCGGUCAAUGGAAAGCUACAGCAGUACUGAUAGAACGCAGAUUGGCCCGCACACACUGGUGAACUAACUUAUUAGUUUUUGAGUCUAACAUAUCUAAUUUAUUGUCAUAAUAUAAUUCUAGAAUUGAAGUCAUGCGAAUACCGUUUAACUGUUUUCACAACGCGAUUUCAAUGAAAUCAUUCUCAAUUCACAUGGUCUUCGACAUCGUUAUCACACUGAUUCGCGAAGUGAAGUCCUGAAAAUGCCAAUACAGUCAAAUUGUUUUUCUGUGUAAAAAUCAUAAGCUUGUGGUGGAAUAUUGUCGAUUUUCACGCCAUGUUCUAAAUAUAAGCUAGCAGAGUUUUUUUUUUGGGGUGCUUAAUAUUCAUGUUAGUUUGUCUAGCAGAGCUUUUCACUCUACCGGAUACGAAACAUUAAAAAAAAGACUGGCAUUCCUCAAAAGUUCAAUCCUCCGAUUCUGAACUAAUGCCACGUGAACUUUUUAUCAGAAAAGAGAUUUGGCUCAAGCAGCAGUGAGAUGAAGCUCUGCACAGAAAUCGCAGUCCUUCAUUAUGAGUUCUGCAUACUUUGGUUCACAAAAGUGCAUUAAACAUGUGUAGACAAGUGCUGCAGUUCUUUUUAGAACGAGAAUGACAUGCAGUUAGUUUGGCGAUGAUCUCAGGUCGCCACCCACGCUGUGUGCUCAAUCUUUCGUUUCGGGCUCGCCGAUCACUGUUCGUUCUUUUUGCCUGUGUGCACAUUCCAACCUUACUUUCAGCCGAACGAUGGCCGUUCUGUUUGUUGAAGUUUUCCGUUGCCUGGCACAGAAAUAAUUCGCAGGUUUUUCUCCGUUUCUCUCGAAGAAAAAAAAAAGAUAAUAGUCUCGCUGAUGGCACUGAUACGCGAGCUGUUUUCGUUUCAUUGCAGAUAUGGCAGUGCGUCUUCUUUUUGAGAAUACUCGUUUUUUGAAAGGCUCCCAAAUUCUCUUCGGUCGUCUAUUCUGCAGAUCGAAUUUUUUUUUUACUGAGACUUCUCACUAUUGUUUUUCGCUUCGAAAUCGCAUUCAGCUGGAGUAUUUUCAUUAAAUUUGAAAUGUUUAAAUCAAUUUAAUGCUCAACUUAUCAGAACAUUUUUCAAUACACUGUUUGUUGUCUAGCUUGCAGGCUCCAACAGAAUUUUUUCUCUUCUCAAAUUAGAAGAGAAGAGUUAUCUGUUGACAUUGAAAGUCAUUCAACUCUCAGGGCGAGGAUAUACUUGACAAACUCUGGGACCAACGUCUGUUUGUUGUUUCCAAAGAUGCGAUAGCGAGAAACUUUUGAGAAAUGUCAGUUUUCGAGAACUCGCUAAAAUUUACGCGAAAGUUUUGAAAAGGGUAAAUUACAAAUCAAAAAAAAUAAUUCAAGCUGUUUCAAAUAAGGGAGACAUUUUUUGAAAUCAAAAUUAAAAUACAGCUAAAACACUAAAUAACUUGAUUACAAAUUCAUUAAAUCAGAAAGCAACAUGAGUACCAAAAUUCUGCCGAAAAACGUUACGACUGAAAUCCUUGAGUCCUUCGCCUAGAAAUGAAAAACAUUUUUCUUCUAAAGUUUACCCAAACACCCUAUGAAGUUCUAGUCUGAGAUCCCUAAUAUUCGCUAGCUGAGCCAAAAAAAAACUGAUACCUGUAAAACUAAAAGUUAGCGCAGGGAGCGACAAUUUGAAACAUUCAUCUAGGCGUUCAGAAAGAGUUUCGGCGAACUUAUAAAAUACACCGAAUCGUUACGGUCUGACCUUCCUUGUGAGAAAUUUUCAUUUCAUCGACUCGGAAUAAACAUGGGCUUAGCUGUGAAAUAAGUACGCCCAAGUGGAUGUCGAAGGUGUGUCGAAAAAGGACUGCGUGUCUGGAAAUCGGAUGAAUCGGCGACUGGCGCCUUGUUCGAACGCUCGGCUGCAACGCGAUACAACCCCAGCCUUGUUUGCUUGUUCAACUACUUCAACGGCACCGAGGAGGCGGAACUUUGUGAGAAGAGAUGGGCGACGCCGCGUCGACUUAUAAAAGCGGCCCCUGGCACGACUCGACAAGGCAUUUAA